CCCCAGCGUACCUACCAUACUGAUCAAACCUCGCAGUAUGUCCUGCCCAACGACGCGCCAGAGCAUGAUCGUUUGGAGGUGCAAGCUCGCGUACUGUCCGGAGUCAUGAAUGGCAACAUUAUACACGCGCCCGUCCACGCACCCGCAGUAAGAAGAGUGUUAGACGUCGGUUGCGGUACAGGACCGGUGACAGGUUACCUUGGCCGCAAAUACCCACAUGCGGACGUUGUCGGACUCGAUAUCAGCGUUGUACCUCAAUGCAGGGCCUGGCCUCCAAACGUGCGCUUUCUGCAAGGCAACGUCUUGACGAUGUCACCAAUACGAGGUCUCGAUUUCAACUGUGGUCGGCGAGCGCAACAGUGGAUGCGGGAUGCUGGAUUCGACAAUGUCAAAGCCCAUCCCUAUCGAUGCAAUCAAGGCGGAGCUUGGGAGACCGAUCAGGCAUGGCGGGCCUUUGGCGAAUACGUUGCUACGGCAAUGGUGGAAGUCAUUGGCCUGAUCAUGCGAAAGCUGCUGCCAGCUCAGCCAGGUGCAACCGAAGAGGUGCUGGAGCAAAUGGUG